AUGCCGACUCAUGCGCCAGCCCCUGAGCCGACGCUGGAGGAGGUGAAUCGGGCGGCCCAGGGUGACUUCAGCCCGAACACGCGGAAGAAAGCCAAGCGGGUCCUCGGCCGCCUGGACGGGAUGGGGGGCGAGGUCGACGAGGGCGUGCUGUGCGCGUACAUGUUCCUUCGGAGGCUCGGCAAGCAUCGGCCGCGGGCGGAUGAGAUCGCGCAGUGGGACCAGAAGCGCCGCAAGACCGUCGAGGCCAGCAAGAUGGGGAAGACCGUGUGGGUGGUCAAGAAAUCAAUGGCCCCUCACUUGCAGGAGGCGCUGCCGCUGAAGGUGUUCGUGGACCCGCGGACGGUGUCGAAGCUACCUCGCGGCACGGACCCAGGGGACAUCUUCCUCAUCGAUCAGUGCGUGCCUCGGUCCCGGUUGGUGGACUCGGACGGCGAGCCGCUGGCGGGGGUCUUGGAGUUCGAGGUUUCGUACGCGGAGUUCCAGCAACCGGAGGACCACCAGAGGAGCGCGACUCUGGACAACAGCGAGAGGCCGGAGGACCAAAGCCAGCAGGUGCCGCAGGGCCCGGACCCGAAGAGGCAGAAGGUGCCGGAGGGGCCGAACCCCAAGGCGGGCGAGAAGGACAGCGGCGCACCGCCCGGGGCUCGGCCGCCAGAGAUGGCAUCGGCGAUUGCGGCGAAGAGGUCGUUGCUGGGGGCCGCCGACGACGCGGCAGCCGCUCAGGAGGAUAGCGUUGUGUUCGAGGAGAUUGCGAAGAGCACCGCGCGGGCCGCGGAGGCGAACAGGUGGUUUUCCCCGGGCCCAUUCGACAGCAGUGCGUUCGAGUUCUGGCUGCUGCAGUUCCUCCGCUACCUGCAGGACAUGCCGGCUGAGGCGGUGAUCCCGGCCGCGGCGGCCCAGCAUUUGAAGUUCGUUACGAGAGAGAUCAUCGAGCGCCCCAUGGUCACAGAGGGCACGCUGAAGAGGCUGAGCCCCGUCUUGAAGCAAAUCCGAGACGCCGCCCCGAUUGCGGACAUGGCGGCGCCGCCGCCGCCGCCGCCCGCGGGGGCGGCACCGACCGCCUCGACUCUCGCGCCGCCUACGGGGUCCUUCCUGCAGCGCCUCGAGGGGCAGACGGGGGAAGAUGGCGCCGCCGCUCCUCCGCCCGCGUCCCCGCGCACGCCGGACGCUGCCAACGGCCCCGCCGCCGCUCGCCCCGAGUCCGCGGAGAAAGGCGACCCGCCAGCCGCUCAGCCUGCAGUGCCCUUCGGCACCAUGGCCCGCUCAGCCUGCGGCGGUUUGCAGUUGACGGGGUUCAACAUGCAGGAGCGGCAUUCCUUUCUGGAGUGCCCCUUGUACAAGGACUUCGUCAAGCACCGCUGGACGGAGCGCUUCCGCCAGGUCCGCGAGGAGACCCGCGUGCCCAAGGACGAGCGGUUGAGCAAUUUCCGCGGCCUCCUGGAAGCGAAGACACGGGGGGGCGAGGCAGACGUGCAGGAGCUGCAGUGCAUGGACACGCUGAUGGGCCCGGGUUCUCUCUCGAUGAAGGUGGAGUACCUCGUGGAGAAGCCUGGGCGCUUCGAGAUCGCAAAAGCGUGGCGCCCAGACGAUCCGCGCCUCUGCCUGCUCCCGCUGACCAAGCCUGGGCCCGUGGCACUCUCGGCAAAAGACUUUGUCGUGGCCGUCAAGCUCCUCGGCGAGGGCCCCGCCUCCCUGAACUGGAUCAAAAACGGUCACGCGAAGAGCCUCGUGGCCGAUUGGCGCCGCGUGAAGGACGCCCAUAAGACAAAGGAGGAGCACCAGUUCCUUUGCACCGCCUUCUUCAAGGAGCUGGUGGAAGCCCGC